UUGAGGAUCACUUUCGUGCUACGCUUCGAGCUGUUAAGAUCGUAAAAGCAGUUUUUUGUGAUACAAAUUUUUGUGAAAUAUUUGUACUUUUGUAGUAAAUUUUGUGAAAGUUUUUUCGUUUCAAUUAAGUCGAUCCGAAAUGUUUGUGGAAUUGAUAUUCGAGUCUAAUUCGAGUGCAGAGAUGAAGGGACUUAUCCUUGAGCUCCAACCAUUUGAAACGGUGUGGAACUUUAAGGCCGCUAUUCAACGUAUGACAGAAGUCUCUGCAGAACAUCUCGACUUGUGGAACUCUUCUGGUAAGAAGAUAAAGAAUAGCGAGCUGAUGUCAGAGCUGUUAAGCGCGAAGUCUAGCCUACGGCUAACCCAUCACGGACAGCCUGCUGCAGCUGUGAGCCUUUAUUCGUGCAUCGAGCCUGGAACUCCCUUCGCGCAUCGAGCGAUGAGAUUUAGCUUGGAGAGGACGGAAUCCUCAUCGGAAACCGUAUCGGAAUCUAGUGUGUCGUAUUCCAUGAGCUACCAAUCGUCCACAACUAGGAGAGGCGUCCAUAACAAAUCCAUUAAAUCGGCGACAUUAACACACAUCACAUCAAGGCGUGCCAAGGCCGGAAUGCCAUUCAAGAUGCCAAAAGGAAAAGGAUUUGAAGCUUUUAAUUUGCUCACAAGGCGUAAAUCGCAACCAAAGAUCGAAAUAAAGGACGAUGAAGAGGACGAGGAGGAGAAAGAGGUUGAACCUGACGAGGAGAGCGAGGAGAGCGAGGAGUGUGCUAGUUCACAAUGCCCGGAUCGGCGGCUAGUCUGUUGCAACACAGUCAAGUGCGGCAAGCCUGAUACUCGACCACCUUAUGCCACAACUCUGCCGGAGGAUCGCCGCUACGCCAUGAUGAUCACCAACGACGAUCCCGCGGCCAGCAAUGUCAACAUUCGCGCCAUCAUGGACCAUUUAUUCUCGCUGUUCAUAGGGUGCUGUGUUGCGGAUUUAAGCUUUUAUGACUGCGUCCCAAUGGCAAGAUACGAUUGCGUCCUGAUGAUAGUGGCCAAGGACGAAUACACAGCAGACUGGCUGGCCAAUGCUAUAACCGGUGUCUGCCCACCCCACUCUUGUCUCCCCUUCAUCCAAUUCUUUGGUCUGGUCCGCGCCCACUUCGUCCUUCCACUGGUUGUACCCGAAAAGAUGCUUUGCUCCAUUUUUGAACUUUUCGAGCAUCAAAAUUGCGGCCUGGUCACCUACCGAUGGGCCGUCAUUGGCCGUUAUUUGCUUGAUCCUUGCGCCACCGAUAAUCCUAGCAAAGCCGUCUCCUCUCUGAACGAAAACCAGGAGAUCGACCUGUUCAUCGACGAGGCUAGCCGCGAUUUCAUCCUGGAGCAGUGUAGCAAAAUUAAGUACUGCUUUUGGCAUCUACUUUUCACUUUCCCGUGAACAGUAACAAAAUUAACAGUAAUUCCCAGUAACAAAAUUCAAAAUUGUCACUAAAUUUUCGGCGUAAUCUCUAGGCCUCGUCAGACCAAAUUAGUUUUAUGUUUGUUACCCCAAAAUUUUACGUUUGGCACCCACCAUAAACAAA